GAGCCCGUAAACGCAGUCAAUGAUAAAGGAAUCAACGAAAUAACUUACUCGUUACGUCUAAGGCUCCAACUAGCGUUCUAAAGGGCGGAUUUGGUUUUACAAGUUACGACAGAAUUCAAGAUAACUUUAAUCCAGUGCGUGCGGCUGACGCAGAUUGUUUCACUAUGAAGAUGAUGAACAGGUAUUCUUUCAUAUUGUUGAGUUCUGCGGUUUUGCUUUGUGGGUUCGUUGAAUUGGGCCUUUCUCGAGAGGACAGUUUCCACAAGAUGAAGUUCGGAGGCGUUCAGACAUGCAAGGGCUCCCAAAACGGCGCUGAGAUGGAAAGCCUUGCACGAUUCGCUGUUCAAGAACACAACAAGAAGGAGAAUUCCCUUCUUGAGUUCUCAAGGGUGUUGAAGGCCAGGGAACAGGUGGUUGCUGGCAUGAUGUAUCAUCUUACUCUCGAAGCAGUUGAUGCUGGCAAGAAGAAGAUAUAUCAAGCCAAAGUCUGGGUGAAGCCAUGGAUGAACUUCAAGAAGUUAGAGGAGUUCAAGCAUGCCAAGGAUGGCCCUUCAUUCACUACUUCAGACCUUGGCGUCAAACACGAUGGCCGUGAUCUAGAAUGGCAUGAAGUACCAACGAAUGAUUUAGAAGUCCAAGGUGCAGCAAGUUAUGCUGUGAAGUCCAUCCAGCAGAGUUCCAACUCAUUGAAUCCAUAUGAACUUUUAGAGAUCCUUCAUGCUAAGGCCAAGGUUAUUGAAGAUUAUGCCAGAUAUGAAUUGCAUCUGAAGUUGCAGUGGGGAGUUGAAGAAGUGAAGUUCCAGGUUGAAGUAAUAAAGAACAGUGAUGGAAAGUUUCAUUUGAAAUAUUUCUAUUAGAUAAAUGUUUACUGUUUAAAACUAUGGAUUGAGGCUUGCUAUCUUCAACAGUAUGAUUGUAACAAUAAGAACCAGAAACUAGUAAAUAUGUAAAUUUUAAUAUCUACUCUUGUGAUAUGUGUGGAUAGGGAAUAAACAGGCUGCUGCCUCUUUAUAUAGUGUUAUAUGUCUAAAUAUGAGCCAACUUUAUUAAUGUU